UUGUGACAACUGACAUCGUGACAAUCGUUUCGUUUUAAUCGUUUUUGAGCUUAGUCAUUACCAAAACGACAGUCAGUAAUUUUCCAUUUGUUCGGUUCCAUUUUCAAAUAAUAAUAGCAAAAUAUUUAAAAUUAUAAUUGUUUCCGUGAGAUUUGCUGGCGGUAAACAUGCGUUGGUUCAACGGUGGUAUAGCUGAAGCGAUAGCUUUCUCGAAAACGAAGGGUGCAGUUUUUGUGGUGUAUAUCGAGGGAAAAGAUGAAAAAUCCCAACAAAUAACCAAGCUCAUUGAAACAGCUGAAGUAACUUCCAAAUUGGACACUGAUAAUUUUGUAGCAGUCAAAAUAGAAGCAGACUCUGUUCCUCAUCGACAAUUCAGCGAAUUCUACAACCAAACCCCUGUGCCUUCAAUUUAUUUCAUUGGUAAAAAUGGUUCACCAAUAAAAAUCAUAAUAGAAGCUACAGAUGUUAGUACUCUAACCAAAGAAUUGAAUGAGGUGCUGAAUAAAGCUGGAAUUACUCCAACGGCGAGCCCUAGUCAAGGAGCAGCAUCGGCUUCACAAAAUUUUAUAACUGCGGAGCAAGCACCUCCAAAACCAGAUAAUGUUGUUUGCGAUAAUGGCGUUUGCGUACUCAAAAGGGAUCCUGAGCCCGAUCAGUCAAUUUCUGCCCCUGCAGGAGACCAAACCUUGACUGCUGAAGAAAAAAUGGAGAGAGCCAAAAAAUUACUGGAAGCUAAACGAGAGGAAAAGGAACGACAAGAAAAAGAGUUGGAAAAACAAAAAGAAUUGGAACGUCGUAAAAUGGGUCAAGAGGUCCAAAGAAUGAAAGAGUGGCAAGAAGACCAGGAACUGAAACAGCUCAGAGAAGAAAGAGAAAAAGAAAAAAGACAGAUGCGCGAAGCUAGGGAAAGGGUUUUAGCUCAAAUAGCUCAAGAUAAAGCUGAAAGAGCUGCUAAAUUUUCACCACCUCAUUAUUCUUCGCCCAUAACCGACCCAACUCCAGGUCCGUCGACAAGCUCCAAACCCGAUUCCAAUACUGCACGAUUACAAUUUAAAAUGCCAGAUGGGUCAACGAAAACACAAGAUUUUCCUAGCAGUGAUAAACUUAUAUCUGCUGUGAAUUAUGUCAAAGCAAAUUUAAAUGUGUCAUCUAAAUUUAGUUUGUCAACUACAUUCCCAAGGAGACAGUUCACUGAAAACGACCAUGAGCAAACCCUAGCUGAACUUGAAUUGACACCUAACGCUGUGAUUCUAGUUUUGCCCUUGAAUCAUGGUGCAGUAUCGACAAAUCAAGGUGCAGGAGGAGUGAUGGGUUUUGUGUACUCAUUGCUAACUCCUUUGUUUGGAAUUUUGAAUUUUAUAAAGUUAUUUUUGGGCUUUGGUGGUGAUAGUGCUCAGGGAGAGUCAUCACAAGGAUCUUCUUCUGAAGCAUCACGCAGUGAACCAAAAAAUCCUAGAGCUAAGCCUCCUCCCUCUGAGUCAAAAACAGUUAAAAAACAAGGAAAUAUUCGUAGACUGGCUGAUAUUAAUAAGGAUGACGACGAAAAUAAUACUUGGAAUGGAAACUCCACUGAGCAAAUGUGAAAAUCUUAUUAUUAUUAUAAGCACCUUAUCCAUAUAAUUAUUGUUAUUUUAUUACACGUAUUGUUUUAUUGUAAGUAAAUAUUAUUGUCAAUAGUGAAACUCGGAUAUGAAGAACUGUUAUGGGAGAACUGAAAUUUAUUUAUUUGUUUAUUGUCUAACAGGAUAAACCCAAUAACAAGACAAUUAUAAUAAUAUCAAAUUAAAGACUAGACAAAUGUUAUUGUAAACUUAAAACUAGGUUUUGACAUAUGCUUCAUAUACAAAUACAUGAAGUAACUAACUAUAGGUUGUAAUUAACAAUCAAGAAGAAAACAGAUGUAAAUUAAGUAUAUUAAGCAGCAUCAACAGCUUCCCCCGGCAAAACCCCAGGACAAAAAGUUAACCCCAAGCUAAUCAGCAAUAUUCCACAAAAAUGCAAGAUUCAAUAAUCAAUCAAAACAAUCACUAGAGCAAUUUAAUUCAGGAGAGCAUUUUUUAUCUGUGAUAUAAUUUUAGUUUUAAAUGACUUUACAGUACCAUUGAAAAGAUCCAACUCAAGUACAAUGGGUAUUAAUUGAUUAUGCCAUGAGCAGGCUCUAUAUAUAGGCGCAUUUCUGGCGAGAUUAGUAUGACAGUUUUCCAGAUAAAAUUUAUGGUGAGUUCGGGUGUUUGCUGCAGGAACCAAAAAAUUGAGGCAACUCAAUAUUUCAGCCGAAUCAAUUAAAUUAUUGCAUAUUUUGAAAAUGAACAAUUGACUGGCAAGAAUUGUACUUUGCUUAAGUGAUAAAAAGUUAAAUCUUUCUAGUAAUAAUUUGUGGUCAUAUCCCCGUGGAGGGUAAAUGCCAUCCUGCUUAAAGCUUAGGUACUUGAGAAAUCUGCGCUGGACAUAUUCGAGCCUGUCAACAUGUACAUCAUAACUAGGAAACCAUAUCAGAGCUGCAUAUUGUAAUUUUGAUUUUAUCAAUGAGUUGUACAAGGCAAUCAAGCCCUCCGUAUUUGUGAAAUCUUUUGUAGACCUAAUAAUAAAGCCAAGUGUUUUCAAAGAAGCUUGAACGAUUUGGUCAAUAUGUUUAUUAAAGCUUAGUUUACUGUCGAUAAUUACCCCAAGGUCUCGUAUGGAAUCUACACUUGAAAGAUUGGUAUUUUCAAGUCUAUAUGCAAACUUCACUUCAUUAUGAAGUUUGGAAAUAGUCAUAGAACGGCAUUUAUUAAUAUUUAGCGGAAGUUUAUUUGUGAUACACCAAGAAGACAGGGAGUCAAUGUCGUUUUGUAAUUCUGAGCAGUCCUGUAUGGUGUCAAUAAUUCUAAAAAUCUUCAGAUCAUCAGCAAACAGUACACAGUUAGAUGAGAUAGUGUCGGUGAUAUCAUUCACAAAAAUAGCGAAUAUUAGAGGAGCUAGAUUGCUUCCCUGAGGAGCGCCACUUGAAGCGCUGAAGUCAGCAGAACGAAAACCAUUGUACUCCACAAACUGUGUUCGCCCACUCAAAUAUGAGAUAAAUAGAUUCACCAGGUUCCUAUGAAACCCAAUGUUGUACAUUUUCCGGGCAAUGAGACCAUGAUCCAACUUAUCGAAGGCCUUGGAAAAGUCAGUAUAUAUGACGUCAAGUUGUUUCCUAUUAUUGAUAGCUUGAUAAGCUCUUUGUAGGAAACUUGUAAGAUUUGUGAUAGUUGAUCUCUGUGGGAAGAAGCCAUGUUGAGUAGGAGAUAUUAGGUUUUUAACUUGAUGGAAGAGAUUGUUGUGAAUACAGAUUUCAAAGGCCUUCGAAAAGUUGGACAGUAUGGAGAUAGGUCGAUAGUUAGUGAUAUUAUUAUUUUGACCUGCCUUAAAGACAGGACAAAUCUUAGUUUUUUUCCAUUUUUCCGGAAAUAUAUUAUUUCUUAAAAUUUUAUUGAAGAUAAGAUGUAAGGGCACUGAUAGAAACGGUGAGCAAUCACGCAAUAUAAAAGAUGGUAUUUUAUCAUAACCUGCAGUUUUUGUAUCUUUUAAUUUUUUGAGUGCACUGCACACUUCAAGCUGAGAAAUAUUAUUAAUGGAUAUAUUUUGAGAGUUGUAGGGCUCGACAGGGUUAAUUGAGAAGGGAUCUGAUGAUGCAACAUAUACACUUUUGAAAAAAUUGGCAAAUCCAUCCACUAUGUUUUGCGGGGACUCUAAAGACAAUUGGUCCAGAAUCAUUGAUCCUGGUAUACGAGAUUUUUGCCGUUUUUGCCGGAUAUAUUUCCAAAAAUUCUUAGGUUCCCUUUUUAUUGAUGAUUCAGUAUUUCUUAUGUAAGAUCUGUAGGCUUCAUCAAUUUCUGCUUUAAUAGUCUGCCUAAGAGUCGAAAAAAAGUCAUAGUCACUUUUUAAUUUAGUUUUUUUGUAAUUGUUGUGUAGCCUUUGUUUUUGGUUUAAGUGUCUUAUUAUUUCUCUAGUGUACCAAGAUGGAUAUGAGAACUUAUUUUUUGUGUUUACAUGGAAAAGAGGGACUGACUGAUCAAGAAUAUUGUAAAAUGUCUCGUAAAAAAGAUUAACUGAUGUAUUGACAUCUUGUUCAUCAUCCAAGAAGUUCCAAUCUGUUACUGAUAGUAACUGAUACAUAAGUGGAUAGUUUGCUCUUUGAAAGUUAUAAUUUUUAUUUGUGUUGCAAGGGAAGUUUCUGGGUAAAGAGCCCAUUUGUGGAUCAAUUUCAAUUGUGAGGGUGGGGUGAGCAAGAUCUUCAGGAACUAGGGGUAUAGUUUGUCUGUUAAUUUCACACUUGAUGUUUGUAAUGACAAGGUCUAUUAUGUUACCAUAGUGGUUUGGAAUAUUGUUCAGUUGAUCGAAGUCAGUUAAAGCUAGAAAAUCUUUUAAUUUAAGUGAUUUUGUAUGAGAGUUGAUGUUGAAGUCACCAAUUAUGAUAACUUGAUUAUUUUGCACAGGCUCAUAAGUUGUGAAAAAAUCAAAUAAGCUCUGAUAAUGGAUUAAAGGUGAAUUUGGUUGCAUAUAUAUUGUAAAGAUAUAAAUAAAAUGGUUCUUAAAAUGAAGCUUACAGCCCAAAACAUCAAUCUCUGGAAUCAUUUCCUCGAGCUCACUCAAAUUCAACUUUGACGCAGUUAUAUCGUGCCUAAUACCAAUUAUAUAUAAAAUAUUUUGUUAUUGAGAGCUGGCAAUAAAAGCAAACCGAGACACUGAUUAAUGAUUAUUGAAUGUUUUAUUUUAGAAUAAAAAACAUAUUAGUUUUAAAGUUUAUCAAAUAAUACUAACACUUUCACUGCGGCCCUACAAAAAGGCCAUUUAGCC